AUGGGUUCCAUACUUCACAAUAGUUUUGGAUUCUCAAUCAAGAAACGAUUAAAUUCAAUUAGGGUUAUCAAUCUCUUUCACUUAACUUCUCUUAAAACGAUUAACACAAACCUGAAGUAUGGUAGAUUGAACAAGUUUUGUCGGAGAGAUUUCAGAGGAGAAAGCGUGCCGUUGAAGGUUGUUUUUUUUGGUUUUGAUAAAGUCAGGUGGCGUUUUAAGGUAUAUAAAUAUAAGGUAAGAGGUAGGGUUUUAUUCGUAACGCUUACUGUUUGUCUUUUUUCCCAACUUUAUUUUCCAUUUGUC